CACGUGUUCACGGUAACAGCGCCGCGAGCCCAAGCGGCAGAGCUGGAAGCUGAAUAUUCACCCAGUUAAACCAGUGCUGGCGGAUGUGUGGGACGCCAGCUACACAUUCGCCGCUUCUGGGUCCGUCUGUCUAGCUCUGGGGCAGAGAAUAUGGUGAUCCUCUGAGCUGCUGAUGGAAACGAGACAUCAAGCCAAGGCACACAUCACCACGUCAUUCUCUCUUGCUACAGUUAGCUUGAUAGCUAAACGCAGCGGAUCUGCUGGGUCAUUGCUGACAGUGGACCCGCUGCUCAUGGACAGCUAAUUCACUUUGACGGCUUAUGCAGAGCUGUGUAACAGGUGGACACCAUGAACUACGUGGGCCAGCUGGCCGGGCAGGUGCUGGUGACGGUGAAGGAGCUCUACAAGGGCAUCAACCAGGCCACGCUGUCGGGCUGCAUCGACGUGGUGGUGGUGCGCCAGCGGGACGGCAGCUACCAGUGCUCCCCCUUCCACGUGCGCUUCGGCAAGCUGGGCGUGCUGCGCUCCAAGGAGAAAGUGAUCGACAUCGAGGUCAAUGGGGAGCCGGUGGAUUUGCACAUGAAACUGGGGGACAACGGAGAGGCCUUCUUCGUCCAGGAAACCGCGGAGGAAAAUGAGAUUGUCCCCGCCCACCUGGCCACCUCCCCCAUCCCCACGGAGGAGCAGGUGUUCUGGAGCCGGGAGCCGGGCCUGGGGCAGGGCCCGGAGGAGAGCGGCGGCCCCCCUCAGAGCGCCGUGUCGGUGAAGAAGAAGAAGAGGAGGAAGAAGAAGCACAAAGCCGACCCCCGCAGGGAGGAGCAGACCCCCCCGGCGGCCGGCGGCGAGGAGAUCUUCGAGAUGGACAUGAGCUCCGACGACGAGCACGCCCCACACGUCAAGGCGUCUUCGUUCACAGCAGUGAAGGAGCCGGAGUACAAGCAGCACCCCGUCCUCCACUCCCUGGACAGCUACCCUUUCUCUGACGGAGACUGGUCCCCCACAGACAGCCGGGUCCUGUUAGAGUCCUCCUCUCCAAAGAGUGACUCUGAGCUGCUGGUGAAGCCCUCAGAGACCCUGCUCCGGAAUGAGUCCCACAUGCAGUGGACCUGGGGCGAGUUCCCAGAAUCCACCAGGGUGGCUAAGAAGGAGAAGCCGGAGCUGCUGAAGAUGGUGACCAUCACCCCGACGGAGAGCACGCACUUCCGCGUCAUCCUCAGCUCCGAGGCCAUGGAGACGGACGGACUGCAGGGCGUGGUGGACCCCGUCUGUGCCAUCGUCAAGCCCGAGCCCCGCACUCCCCUCUCCCCCGGGCUGCCGUCCGCCAUGGCCACCUCCACCCCCACCGACCCCGCCCCCGACCCUGCCCCCGACCCUGCCCCCGACCCCGCCCCUGACCCCGCCACCGUCAUCCACAUCCCUGGGGAAAUGGGCGACGCCUGUGCUGAGACGAAGCCCUGCUCCAAGACCGACUCCCCGUCCAAGAAGAAAGGUGUUCAGAAGAGGAGUCAGCACCAGGGCCCUGAGGAUAUCUACCUUGACGAUCUGAAUGAACUUGAACCUGAAGUGGUUGCACGCUACUUUCCUAAGAGUGAGACUGACCACGUUCCCAAACACUGGAUGGAGACGGACCUGCGCUCCGGGUCCCAGUCCCCGCAGUCUGUGGGCAGCGCGGCGGCCGACAGCGGGACAGAGUGCCUGUCGGACUCCGCCAGCGACCUGCCCGACGUCACCCUGUCGCUCUGCGGCGGCCUGAGCGAGAACUCGGACAUCGCCAAAGAAAAAUUCAUGCAGCAUAUCAUCACAUAUAAUGAAUUUGCUGAAAAUCCAGCCAUUAUCGACAAUCCCAAUUUGGUUGUAAAGAUUGCAAAUAGGUAUUACAACUGGACAUUGGCAGCACCAUUAAUACUGAGCUUGCAGGCAUUUCAGAAGAACCUGCCCAAGACCACGGAGGAGGCCUGGGUGAAGGAGAAAAUGCCAAAGAAGUCGGGCCGCUGGUGGUUCUGGCGAAAGAGAGCCGACAGCACGGUCAAACAGUCUGAGACCAAGCUGGAGGCACAAGUGUCACACAUUGGAGGCCCCUCCCUCGCCCAGGAGAACCCCGCCCAUCAGCAAAAGGGCGAGGACUCAUCCAGUGAUGAGGAGUCAAAGGAGCUCAGUGCUGCUGCUCUGGCUGAGGGCCUGAGUCAGACCAGCAUUCAUUCCUACAAGAAGUCCCUGCGCCUCUCCUCUGACCAGAUCGCCAGCCUGAAGCUGAAGGAGGGGCCGAACGACGUCACGUUCAGCAUCACCACGCAGUACCAGGGCACCUGCCGCUGCGAGGGCACCAUCUACCUGUGGAACUGGGACGACAAAGUCAUCAUCUCCGACAUCGAUGGCACCAUCACCAAGUCUGAUGUGUUCGGACAGAUCCUUCCUCAGCUUGGUAAGGACUGGACCCACCAAGGCAUUGCAAAGCUCUACCACUCAGUGCAUGAGAACGGGUACAAGUUCCUGUACUGCUCGGCCCGGGCCAUCGGCAUGGCCGACAUGACCAGGGGCUACCUGCACUGGGUGAACGACAGGGGCACCAUCCUGCCCCGCGGCCCUCUCAUGCUGUCUCCCAGCAGCCUCUUCUCUGCCAUUCACAGGGAGGUCAUCGAGAAAAAGCCAGAGGUCUUCAAGAUUGAAUGCCUUACCGAUAUCAAGAACUUAUUCCACCCAAACCAACAGCCGUUCUACGCUGCCUUCGGAAACCGGCCUAAUGAUGUGUUUGCCUACAAGCAAGUGGGAGUGCCAGUCUGCAGAAUAUUUACAGUCAAUCCGAAAGGCGAGCUAAUACAAGAACAAACGAAAGGAAACAAGACCUCGUACAGUCGGCUGAGCGAGCUGGUGGAGCACGUCUUCCCCCUGCUGAACAAGCAGCAGAGCUCGGCCUUCACCUUCCCCGAGUUCAGCUCCUUCUGCUUCUGGAGGCAGCCCAUCCCCGAGGUCUGCCUGGAGGACCUGCUCUGAGGCCGCUCUCCUCCAAGUGUUCAUCCGCUCGGGGGAAUAUCAGCACUUUCACUUAGACGUUGCUCUUAAGGCCCAUUUUUCUUUGACGGUGAGAGACAGCAGUGGCGAUUGUUUUGCAAAGACAUGACCAGUUUUGGUCUUGUUUUCCUCUUUGUAAUGAAGAACAAAAGAGCGCUUGAGUUGAAAUGGAGUUUAUUAUUUGAUUGACAGGAGUAAGUAGCAUUGGCAUUAUAUUGAUGAAGAUUUGCAACUAUUCUGUUAUUUGCACUGCCUUUGGAACUGCUGUUAGCGACACGCGGCGUGUAUUUCUAGUGGUAUCAAAACAUAUUCCCUACCGUUGUCCAUUCUAGCAGAUGUAAUAUAAUAGAAUUUGGAUGUUGAUGUUCUACUCCAACUAUCUGUUCCACUCGUUUUGAUUAAUGAGCUUACUGAGGUGAAAUCUGUUUGCUCACAUUUCCUAUUUCGACUUAUUGUGCACUUUGAUGAAAACAAAAUCGAAUGUCAAUGCUCCACGAGCACACAGAUGCACUAAUGACAAGAGAAGUGCAAAAUGCAGGUUUACGUUCAUUCUGAUUAUAUAGAGGCAAACUCAGCUCCGUAAUUUACUACAGCGUGAUUAUUUCUGCGUAAGUUGUUAAUUAUUAUAAAUGUUUGUUUGAGGACUCGGGUGUCUGCUCACGUCGUAUUGGUAUUAUUUGCUGUGCAUGAGAAAAUCGAUAUUUAUUUGCCAGUGUUGGAGCACCCCGCUGCUUUUAAAGGCCUUACUGUACCCUCUCGCUUUAAUUAAGGAACAUUGUAUUUUGCACUUAGGCAACGGCCAGUUAACAUUCGUGGCGAUUGUGAAAAUAAAGUAGCGCAUACUGGACUUUAAAAAAAGAAGAAAAAAAGUUGUAUUAGCUUUUUCGGUCAGAGUUUGAACGGUAUGCGUGCGCGUAUGUAGACAACGCGAUGUUCGACAUGGGUGUGAAGCACUUGGAUUCAGGAAGCUGCUAUUGAUGUGCUGGCUCUUAGGGAUUUAGCUAUCUGAUGAGUCAACAGCGUUCCAACGACGGGCACGACGGGCUAUGCUCACACUUGCUGUGCGCUCACGCACACAGAUCGUGAACGGUAACCUAAAAGCACAAUCAGGUUUCUCGAUGACUGACAUUCUUGGUAUUAAUAUUUUGGUUUGAAGAUUUUUGUGCAUUCCACAUGAAAGGUAACUCCGUGUGAAGUGUUUGUACCGUUAUGGUUUGAAUUCGUAGUAUUUCUUGUUUUCAAUUAUAUCGGGGCACCGCUCUGUUCAGUAUUUACGAAAAUCAGAGCUGAAAGCGUAUCACAACAUUUCUUACUAAUGAGUGAUUUCAUUCUUUCUAUGAAAGUAAUAUAUUUGUGUGAAAAACCCACACUUGUCUUAAAACCUGGUAUUUGUAGUGUAGAUAUUAAUUCUGAGACUACUGUCGUAGUCCUUGAUGUUGUAGGCUUUGUCUAUCCUUCCCCCCUUCAAUCUUAAAUGCCUUUUUGUUUUACUUGGUUUAUUUCUUAAAUAUGGUUUAUUAUGCGGAAGUAUGUUUCUGUUAAAAAGCUUACUAGUCGAUCGCAUUGUACCCGCGCAAUUAUAUUUAAAUAUCUGCAGUAUCAAUAUAUGUAUAUUGACAGUGCUGUAUAAGAGGAAUAUGUUUACAAAAAAAUCUAUAAUAAAAAAAUGAAGUUACCAAAA